AUGGACGCUGCAGACGAAGGGGCUGUGAUGCCUGGCGGUCCCAGGGAGGGGGAGGCAGCGUCUGCGAGGAAGGAGGACGCGGAGGCGCCCGAGGUGAGGCCCGAGCUCGGGCGCGCACGCCGGGAGGAGCCCGAGGAGGAGGAGGACGACGAGGACGACCUCAAGGCUGUGGCCACCUCCCUGGACGGCCGCUUCCUCAAGUUCGACAUUGAACUUGGCCGCGGCUCCUUCAAGACAGUCUACAAGGGGCUGGACACGGAGACCUGGGUGGAGGUGGCCUGGUGCGAGCUGCAGGACCGGAAGCUCACCAAACUGGAGAGGCAGCGCUUCAAGGAGGAGGCCGAGAUGCUGAAGGGGCUGCAGCACCCCAACAUCGUGCGCUUCUAUGACUUCUGGGAGUCCAGUGCCAGGGGGAAGCGGUGCAUCGUGCUGGUGACCGAGCUGAUGACCUCGGGGACACUGAAGACGUACCUGAAGCGGUUCAAGGUGAUGAAGCCCAAGGUCCUGCGCAGCUGGUGCCGGCAGAUCCUGAAGGGCCUGCUGUUCCUGCACACCAGGACGCCCCCCAUCAUCCACCGGGACCUCAAGUGCGACAACAUCUUCAUCACUGGGCCCACGGGGUCUGUGAAGAUCGGCGACUUGGGCCUGGCCACCCUCAAGAGAGCAUCCUUUGCCAAGAGUGUCAUAGGCACCCCCGAGUUCAUGGCGCCGGAGAUGUAUGAGGAGCACUACGAUGAGUCUGUGGACGUGUACGCCUUCGGGAUGUGCAUGCUCGAGAUGGCCACCUCAGAGUACCCCUACUCCGAGUGCCAGAACGCUGCCCAGAUCUACAGGAAGGUCACCUGUGGCAUCAAGCCGGCCAGCUUCGAGAAAGUGCACGACCCUGAAAUCAAGGAGAUCAUCGGGGAAUGUAUCUGCAAAAACAAGGAGGAAAGGUACGAGAUCAAGGACCUGCUCAGCCACGCCUUCUUUGCGGAGGACACGGGCGUGAGGGUGGAGCUGGCGGAGGAGGACCACGGCAGGAAGUCCACCAUCGCCCUGCGGCUCUGGGUCGAGGACCCCAAGAAACUGAAGGGCAAGCCCAAGGACAGCGGGGCCAUAGAGUUCGCCUUCGACCUGGAGAGGGAGACCCCAGAUGACGUGGCGCAGGAAAUGAUUGAGUCAGGAUUCUUCCACGAGAGUGACUUGAAGAUUGUGGCCAAGUCCAUCCGUGACCGCGUGGCAUUGAUCCAGUGGCGGCGGAAGAGGAUCUGGCCAGCUCUGCAGCCCCAGGAGCAGCGGGACCCCGGCAGCCCUGACAAGGCCAAGGGCCCGGCCAUGCCCCUGCAGGUCCAGGUGACCUACCACUCACAGGCCGGGCCGCUGGAGCCCGAGGAGCCCGAGGCCGACCAGCACCUCCUCCCCACUGCGCUGCCGGCCAGCGCCACCUCCCUGGCCUCGGACAGCACGUUCGACAGUGGCCAGGGAUCCACAGUGUAUUCGGACUCGCAAAGCAGCCAGCAGAGCGUGGUGCUGGGCUCGCUGGCGGAUGGAGCCCCGCCCCCCAGCCAGUGUGUGUGCAGCCCCCCCGUGAGCGUGAGUGACGGGCCUGUCCUGCCGCACGGCCUGCCCUCCCUGGGGGCCUACCAGCCUCCUGCGCCUGGCCCGUCGGUGGGUUCUGUCCCACCCCCUACACACCCUUCGCUCCCACAGCAGCAUUUCCCAGAGUCGGCCAUGAGCUUUGCCCCUGUGCUGCCGCCACCCAGCGCCCCUGUGCCCACGGGCCCAGGCCAGCCCACACCCGCUGGCCACCAGCCUCCUCUGCUGGCCCAGCCGGUAUCGCUGCCACAGGUCCUGGCCCCACAACCCGUGGGCCCUCUCCAGCCAGUGCCCCCUCACCUGCCUCCAUACCUGGCUCCAGCCUCCCAGGUGGUGGCCCCUGCUCAGCUGAAGCCGCUCCAGAUGCCACCGGUGCCCCUGCAGCCAGUUGCUCAAGUCCCUCCACAGAUGCCUCCGCUUCCUGUGGUCCCCCCCAUCGCUCCACUGGCCACCGUCGACAGCCUCCCUGCAGCCCUCCCUGACCUGCCAGCCACCAGUGGGCCCACCGUGCCUCCCCCCUCUCAGUAUUUCUCCCCGGCUGUCAUCUUGCCAAGCCUCCCACUCAACGCGGCCACUGCCCCGCUGCCCGUGUCGCCGGCCCUGCCUCUGCAGGCGGUUAAGCUGCCCCACCCUCCUGGGGCGCCGCUGUCCGUGCCCUGCCGGACCAUAGUGCCAAACGUGGCGGCCACCGCCACCACCAUCCCUCUGCUGGCUGUGGCCCCACAGGGCGUGGCUGCCCUGUCCAUUCACCCCACCGUGGCUCAGCUCCCAUCCCAGCCCGUGUACCCGGCAGCCUUCCCACAGAUGAUGCCCAGCGAGGUCCCGCCUUCUCCUCUCCACGCAGCACAGACUGUGCGGGCUGCCCCUCCGCAGCCGGCACCCCCCAUUCUGCCACAACCCCACCAGCCAAGUGUCGCCCGCCUUCCGGAGCAGGCUCCUCCGGCCGCCGGCGCUGGGAGCCAGGAGCAGGCCUCGCAGGACAAGCAGCCCAGCCUCCCUCAGAGCUGUGAGAGCUACGGAGGUUCCGACGUCACUUCUGGAAGAGAGAUGAGCGACAGCUGUGAAGGUGCAUUUGGUGGGGGGAAGCUGGAAGGCAAGACCACCCGGAAACAUCACCGCCGGUCCACCCGUGCGCGUUCCCGCCAGGAGAGGGCCAGCAGGCCCCGGCUGACCAUCCUGAAUGUGUGCAACACGGGUGACAAGAUGGUGGAGUGCCAGCUGGAGACACACAACCACAAGAUGGUGACGUUCAAGUUCGACCUGGACGGGGAUGCGCCUGACGAGAUUGCUACCUACAUGGUGGAGCACGACUUCAUCCUGCCGGCUGAGCGGGAGACGUUCAUCGAGCAGAUGAAGGACGUCAUGGACAAGGCGGAGGACAUGCUCAGUGAGGACACGGAUGUGGACCGUGGCUCUGACCCUGGGGUCAGCCCGCCACACCUCAGCACCUGUGGCCUGGGCGCCAGGGAGGAGAGCCGCCAAUCCCAAGCAAAUGCCCCGGUGUAUCAACAAAAUGUCCUACACACUGGGAAGAGGUGGUUUAUCAUCUGUCCGGUGGCAGAGCACCCAGCAGCAGAGGCCCCCGAAUCUUCACCCCCACUUCCUCUGAGCUCCCUGCAGCCAGAAACCAGCCAAGAUACAGUUCCUUGUAAAGACCAGCUGUCCUCAAAGGAAAAACCCAGCUUCCCUGCUGGUCCACAACUUCUGAGCCAAGCGGGCCCCAGGGACCCUUCUGGCAGUGCACCAGCCCCUGUGGUGCCAUCCUCCCCUCCCGUGACUGCUGUGCCCCAAGACACGGCCCCACCAGCGGCCAGUCUGAAGCCAGAGCCAGCGACAGGGGCAGCCAUGCCGGCAGGGCGCCCGGGGACCCCUCAGGGGUUGACCACUGAGCAUAAGGCCCUGUGGCCACCAGUGGAGACUCAUGACACCCAGCUUCCUGCACAGCCCCUGGGUGUGGGCCCAGGGCCUCGCGCCCCAUCUCUGGAGGUCCCCUCCACCCCCAUGGGUCUAGGGGAGCCGGUGUCAGCCAGAGAGGCCAGCACCCGGGGGGAGCCCCUGUCAGCUUCGGCCGCCGUGUCUGGUGCCCCUGGUGGGGCCCCUCAGCCCACCCUGGGCCAGCCCCCUCCCCCACUCCCCACUGUGGUGGGGGCCAUCAGCCUGGCCGCCCCCCAGCUCCCCAGCCCCCCGCUGGCGCCCACCGCACCCCCGCAGCCGCCCUCGGCCUUGGAGUCAGAUGGGGAAGGGCCGCCCCCCAGGGUGGGCUUCGUGGACAGCACCAUCAAGAGCCUGGAUGAGAAGCUGCGAACCCUGCUCUACCAGGAGCACGUGCCCACCUCCUCAGCCUCGGCCGGGACCCCCGUGGAGUCCAGUGACCGAGACUUCACCCUGGAGCCCCCAAGAGGGGACUGGCCCCUCUCAGAAGCCUCUAGGGGGGACCUGGCCCUGCUGCCGCAGCCUGCAUUGGAAAAGUCAGAAACGGCCCUGACAUUGGAGCAGGCCACGUCCUUGCCAGUGACAGCAGAGUCAUCUUUGAGCAACAUGCUGGUCUGUGAGGGAGGACAGGUGGCCUCAGGCUCACCCGCAGUGCCCAGCGCCCUCCAGGAUACCCCUGCUUCUGCCAUCCCUGCGCGUCUGGAGCCCGCAGACCGGACCGGCACAGUCCCUGGGGAGACCUUGGCCGAGUCCACCCAGGGCUGCCCAGGGACGUUGACAGAGGGUGGCCAGGCCAGCCACCCCCAGACACACGGCGCUCUGGUCUCGGGGUCCCCCCGGAAGUGGCCGGGGCAGCAGGACGGCAGCUCACCAGCCAAAACUGUGGGCCGGUUCUCAGUGGUCAGCACCCAGGAUGAGUGGACUCUGGCCUCCCCCAGUACCCUGCGGUACUCCGCUCCGCCCGACGUGUACCUGGACCAGGCCCCUCGCAGCCCAGACGUGAAGCUGGCUGUGCGGCGGGCACAGACAGCCUCCUCCAUUGAGGUCGGCAUGGGCGAGCCCGUGUCCAGCGACUCUGGGGACGAGUGCCCGCGCGGGAGGUCCCCGGCGCAGAAGCGUGCCUCCCUCCCUGGCAGUGGCGGUGGUGUGGCUAGUGACUUUGUGAAGAAGGCCACCGCCUUCCUGCACAGGUCCUCUCGGGCUGGUUCCCCAAGCCAGGAGACACCCAGCAGGAUGGGCGUGAAGGUCCCCACCAUCAGCGUGACCUCCUUCCACUCCCAGUCAUCCUACAUCAGCAGUGACAAUGACUCAGAGAUCGAGGAUGCCGAUAUCAGGAAGGAGCUGCAGAGUCUGCGAGAGAAGCACCUGAAGGAGAUCUCCGAGCUACAGAGUCAGCAGAAGCAGGAGAUUGAGGCCCUGUACCGCCGCCUGGGCAAGCCGCUGCCCCCCAACCUGGGCCUCUUCCACACAGCACCCCCUGUCGGCCGCCGGAGGAAGACCAGCAAGAGCAAGCUGAAGGCGGGGAAGCUGUUGAACCCCCUGGUGCAGCAGCUCAAGGUCGUGGCCUCCAGCACAGGUCACUUGUCAGAGUGCAGCAGAGCCCCUCCUGCUAAGGACCCUGCCCAAGCUGGGGCGGGGCCCACAGCAGCUUCAGACCCAUGUGGGAAGGCAGUUCAGACCCAGCAGCCUUGCUCCAUGCGGGCCUCCCUGUCUGCAGACAUCUGCUCCGGCUUGGCCAGUGACGGAGGCGGAGCGCACGGCCCAGGCUGGACGGUUUACCACCCAACGUCUGAGAGAGUGACCUAUAAGUCUAGUAGCAAACCUCGCGCUCGAUUCCUCAGUGGACCCGUGUCUGUGUCCAUCUGGUCUGCCUUGAAGCGUCUCUGUCUAGGCAAAGAACACAGCAGUCGGUCCUCCACCAGCAGCCUGGUCCCGGGCCCUGAGCCGGGCCCCCAGCCUGCCCUGCACAUCCAGGCGCAGGUAAACAACAGCAACAACAAAAAAGGCACCUUCACGGAUGACCUGCACAAACUGGUGGACGAGUGGACGAGCAAGACGGUGGGGGCCACGCCGCUGAAGCCGUCGCUCAACCAGCUGAAGCAGACGCAGAAGCUGCAUGACAUGGAGGCCGCGGCAGGCCGGCCCCCGGCCCCUGGCGAGGCUCGGGCUAUGAGCACACCUCGAACAGCAGUGGGGACGCCAUGCCUGGCCCCGGCGCCCAGUCCUCUACCCACCGCGGUCAUUCCUGGAGCUGCCCCAGCCCUGCCUGUGCCCAUGCCAGAUUCUGAAAGUGAGAAGCCCGACUGAGCCCAGGCAGGCCGACCCAGACGCCAGGCCCCGUGUCAUCUCACGCCAAGAAGGCGAGCCCACGCCUCGUGUCCGGUUCACGAUGUUUUGUAACCACUUUCUAAGCAUUUUUUAUUCACAAUUGGAAACACAAAUGUAAGCAAGAAUAAAAAAUAUUUUGGGGGAAACAGGA